CAAUCAACUUUUCGAAGUAUUGAUCAAAUGUUCAAGGCGGAAAAUAAUAAAAACACUUGUCGCACUCAGUUUAGUUUAUUCUUUAAUCAGUGCGUGCAGUGUGAUUUGCAAAAAUAUCAAUUUUCUUUCGCAUAUCAUAAAACAAAUAAUUAAAAUUAUAAAGCAGCGCUUCUAAUGUAUUGAAAAGGGCGACGUAUUAGAGUAACACUCAAUAUUUGAGCUCGUUUUAAUAUUUACACAUUACAUUAUUCCUUCUAAUCAUGAAGAUUUUUGCUCUCGUCGCCACGUCUUUGGUGGUUUUAGCUUCGAGUGUGUUUGCAUAUGAAGUCGAAACAUAUGAUUUUCUUAUGCCAAAUGUGUGGCCUCAUAAGGAUGAACUGUAUCUCUGUACGCCCAUACGUAUUUCACCGAGCACAAACUUUUACAUAGUUGGAUUCCAACCGAAAGCUUCAAUGCAUACGGCUCAUCAUAUGUUAUUGUAUGGUUGUUUACAACCUGGGGGCAAUGAAUCUGUUUGGAACUGCGGUGAAAUGCAAAACGAUGAUUCCGAUAAUCUUUAUACUAGAGCCAACCCAUGCAGUUCGGGAUCUCAGAUAGUGUACGCGUGGGCUCGUGACGCGCCGAGUCUGCAUCUACCUACUGAUGUGGGAUUCCUGGUCGGUGGGGAUUCCCCCAUUCAGUACAUGGUGUUGCAAGUUCACUAUAUGAGUAAAUUCCCAGAGGGAAAGACUGACAAUUCGGGAGUGUAUCUUCAAUAUACCAAAGAACGUAUGCGACGUCAGGCAGGCGUGCUGUUGCUGGGUACGGGCGGGUACAUUCUGCCCAACCGUGUGGAGCACAUGGAGACCGCCUGCCCCAUCAUAGAGGACAAAGUCAUACAUCCCUUCGCUUUCCGCACACACACGCACUCUUUAGGUCAAGUGGUAUCAGGUUACUCUGUCCGUCGGUCCACGCGUGGUGAUCACUGGAGUCUGAUAGGCAAGAAAGACCCUCAGCUGCCGCAGAUGUUCUACCCAGUGGUGGACACCACGCCUCUACGUAAAGGAGACGUCCUCGCUGCUCGCUGCACCAUGAAUAAUACACACAAUUACCCUGUCAAGAUCGGACCAACAAACAAGGAUGAGAUGUGCAACUUCUAUCUGAUGUACUGGGUGGAUAAUGACACCCCUCUGCAGAGGAAGUACUGCUUCACCAACGGACCCCCCUACUACUACUGGGAGAACGCACCCGAGGGUUUCAACCUCAUACCGGACAGGGACGCGAGCCAAUUGUAAGAUACAAUUUUCAACUCUAACAUCUUAGUAAUAGAGUUUAGUUUAAUGAUUAUAGGUGUUGUAUUCCAUUCAUAUAAAAUAACAGUGGAUCUAAACUUCUAUGGGAAGGUACUAUGCGACCACAAAAACAUGAGACUACUGUGUUACUUUAAAUAGUGAAUUUAAAGUAAAGAUAUGACGUCAUUAAAAUCUCAUGUUAUAGAUAAGUAUUAUGGAAUUACUAAAUUAACUUUUUGGUCUAAUUAUUGUAUGAAUUUGAACUUUUUUUUGUUUGAGAUCUGAUAAAUUAGG